AUGUCACGAGCACUUGACAAGAGUGUAAAAGAAGCUCUUAAACAUGGCGACCAUCAUCAGGUGUUUCUAGAUAUCUCAGAAGUUCUCACAGAACCUUCAGAUCAGCUUCUUGAGAUUGAGUUACUUGGUAAAAGCCAUGUGCUAGACCCCGACUCAACAGUAUUACGAGACGAUAAUGCUGUUGCCAUCCCAAAGCUGCGCAUAGUUCAAGCUUUCAUAGUGGCUCAGAAACUUCACAAAAAGUUUCUGGUGGGGGAUCAGAAUGUCUCGAUAGAACAAGUCAUGAGAUCAACAGCGGUUAUGCUGUUGAUGGAUCCAGAGCACUUGACUGCUUCCAACACCAGAAAGAGGCUUAUCACCGAUAAAUCAAAGGAUGGAAGUAUCGAGGACAUGCUGCGCUCCGAGAAACACCUGCUGGAUAGUGUAUUAACCAGUCGUCUUCAUCGGCAUACCAAAUCACCAACAUUAUGGAACCACCGUCGCUGGCUUAUGGAACAAUAUCGCAUUCACGGCAAAGAUGUUCCAGUGAAAGAUGACAUUACGAGCAUCAUUAUGGUGUCUGGCGAACGGCAUCCUCGAAACUACUAUGCUUGGUGCCACGCGAGAUACCUGAUCAGCGCGUUCAUCUUGCCAUCAUCAAAGGUCAAAGAUGCUUUGUCCCGAAUUAUUAUCUCAACGCAAAAGUGGUGCUUCUCACACCACAAUGACAUAUCAGGCUGGCAGUUUCUGAUAUUCUUGCUCGAUAAGCAUCCUUCCGAGACAUCUCACGUCUUUCGCGAAACAUUGAAGCUUGCGAGCUCGUUCAAGUGGCGCAACGAGUCUGUCUGGUAUUUCCUUCGUUACAUCGCUGCCUGGGGAGGCACUCCUGCCGAUGUGAUAGAGUUUGAGAAUGUUCGAAGGGUAUUAUCGGAGAGCGCUGCUGAAGAUGGCACUGGGAAACGCACACUCGAAAGAGCGCAACAAUGGUUAGAGGUCGUUGAUGGAUUCUAA